AAAUUGCUUUAUUAUUUUUAAUGAGUCGUAUAUACUUUAAGAAAAGAUCAUCUCAUCCUGCGGUAAAAUAUCUUUUUGAACAAGGAGUAAUGAUUUAUGCAAUGGGAGUUGCAGUUUGGUUAAUAGAUAUGCAUUUUUGUGAUUACAUGAAUGGACCUUUCUUACCUUUUAAUCCUCAAUUGCACGCCCUUUGGCACAUUUUAGCAAGUACCGGGUUAUAUUUUUUAGUUACAUUGAUCUUGUAUAAUUGGCAUUUCAAGAAUGGAACUAAAUGCAGGAUUGAAUAUAGAUACGGUGGUAUUGUACCUGUUAUCGUGAAAGAUUAUAAAAGUUGUAAUUAA